UUAUUAUUCAACGAGAACAAGAUCAAGGCAUCAGCAGAAAACGAUACUCAAAACUCACACAGUGUUAGUCAUGGCACUUCUCUCACAGGACCCCAGCGUCUCGACAACCUAUGUCCACACCGAAGGCGCGGUCUCCUUGGCCUAUUCUCCAGACGCAAGGUUUCUUUAUUCUGGCGGCGCCGAUGGAAUUCGAUGCUUUGAUCUUACCCAGGCUGUCGAUGCCGCAAGGACUAUCGAAUAUCAUAAGGACCCCGUCACGUUUUUGGAUUGUUCAGUCGAUUUCCUAGCCUCGUGUUCAGAAUCUGGCGAGACAGUCUUGCAUGAGCAUGCUGCUUCAUCAGACCAAACCCCACCAUUCAAGUCCCUUAUCACCCGGACCUCGCUGCCCACCCGAUCCAUCAAAUUCUCACCCAAUCAGAGGAAGCUUGCCGUAGCUUCGGAUGAACUAUACAUCAAGAUCGUGGACGUCCAGGAUCCGUUGAACUCUAGUCUUUUAACCGGUCACACCAAGUCCAUCAAGUCCCUUUCUUGGUCGCCUGAUUCGACUCUACUGGUCAGCUCGGGAUGCGAGGGCGUCCUAAGGAUCUGGAACCUCUCCAAACAAAGUCCAUCGGGCGAAUUGCCAUGUUCGCAAGAAAUCGAGAAUAUCCUCCCGACUGUCUUACCAGAGUCUCAUCAGUCAAUAGAGGCUGUUUGGCAUCCAUCGGGCAAAUAUUUUGUCGCUCCCAGUCGGGAAUCUGGACUGGCGAUCUUCGCGAAAUCUAGCUCCGAUCAGACCUGGAAGCGUUCAAGGACCGUCUGUCAACCUGAUCAGUCCAAGCAAACCAAACCGAUCACUUCUCUCAGGUUUUCGCUGAAUGGAAAAUAUCUCGCCACAGGCUGUCAAUAUGGGAUGAUCGUCAUUUGGGAGACUCAGACGUGGACCCCUCAGACGAAUAUUCAACCAGAGAGCGAUUGCUCGAUCACCGCUAUCCAGUGGCGACCUCAGGCCAAUUCCAUCGUGGCUGCCAAUCAACUCGGACAAGUCAUCAACUGGCACGACGUCAUCCCCUCCACCCAACCUCCUCCGUUCAACCCCCCCUCACUACUAGACCCCACUCACAACGAGCAAGAAGACGAAAUCGAUCUUCUUGGGGAGGAGGACGUCGAGCCUUUCAAUGCAGCAGGCUACGAAAACGAGGAUUGGGUGAUCGACGAUCUUGAUACCGGGCGGAACUCUAACAAAACAAAUACCGCAAAUCAAAAGUCAUCCACCUAUCAAUUUCCCUCCCGGACCCAUCAUCUCUCCUCUCACUUGUCUACUGUCCAUUCUCAAGAAACCUUCCAACCCGGUGCGACUACACUCAAGCAUCGCUCACUCGAAACCAAAACCGCACGACGAUAUCUGGCGUUCAACUUACUGGGUUUAGUCCAUGUACUCGAGAAAGAGGACGAGAACAUUGUGACGGUCGAGUUCCAUGACAAGGGCCGACACAACGGCUACCAUUUCACGGACCAGUACCAAUUCAAUCUAGGCUCGAUUGGUAAUCUGGGCCUUGCGUUUGCAUGCAGCGCGAGUCGAUCGAAUCCGUCGGUGAUCAGAUACACGCCCUUCGAGUCCUGGACGACCGGCGGGUUUGUGUUCCGGGGCUCGGAGAAGAUAGGGCCUGACGAAGAGGCCAGCUGGCAAUUCGAGCUGCCCCCUGGCGAGAGUGCGACCUGCAUUGCCUGUGGAGGGUGUGCCAACGAGGACGGGAAGAUCGAUCGGGACGGCUUGGCGGGAUCGGGCACGGUCGCCGUCGGCACUACUCUCGGAUACCUCCGACUGUUCACUGGUAGUGGGAUCCAGACUUACGUCUGGAACUUGGGCCAACAGAUCAUCAGCUUGGCAUGCAGCCAUGAGUUCAUCUUCGUCGUCCAUAGGCCCUCUAUUCUCUCUCAAAGCCAUCCACUGAGCUAUACCUUGAUGGACAGUAGCUCGUUCGAGAUCGUCCAGGAAGGCAUCAUCCCACUCCCGAAUAUCGGCGUCGUCCUGUCCUGGAUUGGAUUCAGUCACCCUCACUCAAUUCCAGCUUGCUAUGAUUCCAAUGGUGUCCUUUCUUUUCUCGACAAAGCCCGAAGGCCUCGGCAGGGCCGAUGGGUUCCUAUGCUGGCCACAGCGUCUUUGAAGACUCAGGGACAACUCGAUCGAGUUUAUUGGCCAGUGGGCGUGUCUGACUCUGAGCUAUCCUGUAUCAUCCUCAAGGGAGGUGAAACCCAGCCCAGUAUUCCUGCCCCAGUGAUCCAGGAUGUUCAUCUCCAAAUGCCCCUCUUGGAGCAAGAUUCACCUCAAGGUCAACUGGAAGAAAGUUAUCUACGUGGUUCUUUAAUCCACCAUCACCGAGCCGAUCUCGCCAAUCCUGAAAACGCAACGCUGCGCUCUGAAUUGAGUAUCAAUCAACUCGAGCUAGAAAAGCAAGUAUUGAAGCUGAUCGAAAGUUGUUGCAAGACGGAGCCUGAGCCGUCUCUCCAAAAAGCGUUAGACUACUCGACCUAUCUGAAGAAUAUGAACACCUUGGACGCGUCGAUGAAGAUCAGUAAAUUCUUCAAUCUGGCGGGCUUGCAGGAACGGAUCUCGAAGUUACAGGAGGCCAGGGAGCUUGAGGAUGAAUUAGCGGACCCGUCUGGGCUGGGCAAGCGGAAGUCGAAGUAUGCGCAUCUGGAGGACUACGAGAUCAUGACGGACUCGAGGUCGAGCUCGAAGCGGAAAGCAGGGUCCUCAGCGCUCAGUGUCUUCCAGCAACCAUUUGAGGAGCUGCCCUCUGCAAUGAGUAGUGCGCGUGCUGGCGGACGGCUGUUCAACCAGGCCGACGUGUUCAAGGCACCCGCCCCCUCCAGGAGGGCCGACCAAGUCGCCGCGCAGGAAGAUGAAGAUGAUGAAGAUGAAGAACGGGGCAGAGAGCUCCGCGACCCGCUCGAGCUCAGCUCUACCCUCGAAGUCUCAACCGAUGCUCUCAUGCAUGAUCCUGAUGACGACUUGGCCAGUCUGAAUAGCAGCGUCAAGCGGCCCAAACUUAGCGAAUACAGUCUCAACUCUCAGUCCCAAAGUACUGUUAGGGAAUCGACGAAUCCGUUUGCGAAGAAGAAGCCGGUCCCAACAAAAGGAUCGACCAUGACUAAUGUUGGGGGGAACUUGUUUGGCACCAAGGCCGUCGGCAGAACGCCGCCGACCCCCGAGCUCAAGAAGUCGGGCAAGUUCUUCGACCGGGUGGAUGAACGUCAUGGGCUCAAUGCAUCGGCUUCAAAGAAGAAAGAUGCCAAGAAACGCAGCGUUAAACAAGCUACUCUCUUGGACUUUGCGACCAAAAAAUCCGCGUCUGUCGAUGUCGCUUCUUCUGCACCCGAUCGACAACAAGACGACCAUCAGUGACAACAGCAUCUGCAUUAACUCCUCUCAUACCAUUUGUAAAAAAUCACUCUUGUUUU